AAUGAGCAGCGCCCAGGUCGCGCGGCCAGGUCGGGACAAUGGCGGCGCGGGGCGGUCGGAGCGGGCUGCUCGACAAGUGGAAGAUCGAUGACAAGCCAGUAAAAAUUGACAAAUGGGACGGUUCCGCUGUGAAAAAUUCUUUGGAUGAUUCUGCCAAAAAGGUUCUGCUGGAAAAGUACAAGUAUGUUGAAAACUUCCGUUUGAUCGAUGGCCGCCUCAUCAUCUGCACAAUCUCUUGUCUUUUUGCGAUUGUAGCUUUGAUUUGGGAUUACCUGCACCCCUUUCCUGAAUCCAAACCUGUUCUUGCCUUUUGUGUGGUGUCUUAUUUUGUCAUGAUGGGGAUCCUGACUAUGUAUACCUCAUACAAAGAGAAGAGCAUUUUCCUCGUUGCUCACAGAAAAGACCCUGCAGGGAUGGACCCCGAUGAUGUUUGGCAGCUCUCCUCCAGCCUCAAACGGUUUGAUGACAAGUACACCCUGAAGCUGACUUUCAUCAGUGGCAGAACCAAACAGCAGAGGGAAGCCGAGUUCACAAAAUCUAUUGCAAAAUUCUUCGAUAACAACGGGACGUUAGUCAUGGAGGCCUAUGAGCCGGAGGUGUCCAAGCUGCACGAUAGCCUGGCCCUGGAGAGGAAAACAAAAUGAGUUCUGACGCUGCCUGCCUCCUGGGAACGUGCUAAAUUUAACACCAAUAAAGUAAAAUAGCGAAGAAAGUGAAUUGUUGCCUCUGUUUUUGUCCUGAAAUCCUAGUCCAUUUCAGGUGAGUGGUUUUUUUAACUCUUGGAGCCAAGACUUUCUUGCCUUGGCCUGUGUGCCUGCCUUUCUGGUUCUGCGACCUCUGGGGUGGAUCCAGGAGAAGGAUUCAUCCAUGGGAACCUUCAGAAGGGGAGACUGGCACCAGCUCUGCCCCAGCCCCCUCCAGUUUGCGCUGGCAGUGCUUCAUCAAGCACCUCCGAGCCGUGUAGUGUCCAGCAGGCAGGAGGGUUUUGCCAUCUGUGUUUCACCAAUGUCACCUCUCCCUUUUGUGUUAGGAAUUCAGGACAAAAUCCUUCUGUAGAACAACUGUCUGCUCGCAAACGAGUUUUCUGUAUUUUUGUGCUGAGACUGGGGGGAUGUUUUAUAUUUAAGCCUUUUCUGCUUUCGGGGGAGAAUCAAAUCCCCCCCCUCUGUAUGUUUGCCCGCGGUUCUUGUCCUC